CUUUUUUCUUCUUCUUCUUUCAUCUUUACUAUACGACAUUUACUGUCGAAAGAUAUUCAAGAAUGUCAGAUAGCAAGGCAGUCAUCAAGAGUGCUGACAUGAGCGAGGAGAUGCAGCAGGAGGCCAUUGACUGCAGUACACAGGCUUUGGAAAAGUACAACAUCGAAAAGGAUAUUGCUGCUCAUAUCAAACGCGAAUUUGACAAAAAAUACGGACCUACAUGGCACUGUGUUGUCGGUCGUAACUUUGGUAGCUUUGUGACUCACGAAUCUAAGCAUUUCAUCUACUUUUACCACGGCCAAAUUGCUAUCCUCUUGUUCAAGUCUGCAUAAACUUUAAACUAAACUAAAAUCAAACAAAUCAAACAAAAAAAAGCAAGAAGACAUGAAGCAAAUACACCACGAUACCAUAUUAUCAAUAAUCUACAUUUUAACUACAAACAAG